CCACAUCUCAUCUUCGUUUUCGUUUUCUAGAUGUCUGGUAACACUAAUAGCGAUAUACUCAUUGCUGGCGCAAUUGCGGCGUUCACAGUUGAUCUGCUUGUAUACCCUCUCGAUACACUCAAGACACGAUUUCAAUCGCCAGACUAUGCACGACUUUAUACAAACUCGGCAACGGGGAAGCCGAAUCCCGCGUUGUUCCGGGGCAUGUACCAGGGAAUCGGCAGUGUGAUCAUUGCAACAUUACCAUCAUCAGGAGCAUUCUUCACCACCUACGAGCGCACAAAAUCACUUUUCACCAAUCUCAACUCCACAUGCUCACACCCCAAUGGCUUCCUACCAACACCCGUCAUACACGCAGCCGCCUCCUCCCUGGCCGAACUGGUGUCCUGCGCCAUCCUUACGCCCGCUGAGGUCAUCAAGCAAAAUGCCCAAAUGGUAUCUUCAGACCACUCUUCCACCAACGCUACGAUUCAGACAUUACAAAAAUUCCGCUCGAAUCCAUUGGCCCUGUGGCGUGGCUACGCUUCUUUAGCGGGCAGAAAUCUGCCGUUCACUGCUAUGCAGUUCCCCAUGUUUGAGCGUCUAAAGCAGGGCAUUCGAGAGUAUCGGGAUGAGAAAGGGCUUACGACUGGUACGAUUGUGGAGAGUGGGACGAUUACAGCGUUUAGUGCAGGUACGGCGGGUAGUAUUGCGGCGGUCAUCACGACGCCGGUGGACGUGCUCAAGACGAGAAUCAUGUUGAGCGCUGCUGAGGGUGGUUAUUCGUCUGAGUCGUCGGGGAAGAGUGAGAAGGCGAAUGGCAGUGGCAAGAAUGGGUUGGUAGAUGCGCUUGGGGAGUCCGUGAAGAAGCCGAGAAAAAACCAGAAAGGAACAUGGCAAAUCACGCAGGAAAUCGUGCAAGAGCAGGGGUACAAGGGUCUAUGGAGAGGUGGUGCGUUGAGGGCUGUAUGGACGUUUGUGGGCGCUGGGUUGUAUCUUGGUGCAUACGAGAGUGGGAGAGUAUACCUGGCAGCGCGGAGAGGGGAACAUGUGGAUGAAGCAGACCUCAUGUAGAACACCUUGAAAGAGACAUAUCCAUUAGGAUCCACAAAUGAACAACAAAGACCGUGG